GCAUGUUUUAGCCAUGAUAUGACGUAAUGACGUCCGGAUUUUCAGCCAAUCAGCAGUAAGUGACGGAGACGAUUUGAAAUCGAGGCGGGCGAAGGCGGAAGCGAAGAAGAAGAGGCAUUUGACAAUAAACAAAAGUCGCUCUGUCACUUAGUGUUGCUGAUAUUUUACACGAAUGGAUUUACAUUCACUUUUAAAUAGCAUACCGAGUCAUACUUGCGUUUAUUUUUUUAUAUAUGUUCAUCUUUGGGUAAAGCGGUUACCGUUAACUAACUAAUUUUAACGUCUGUUUUGUUUUUUAUCAACCGAUAGCCAUGUCGAUAUUUAGCGUACAAGCUAGGAAGCAAACAGCUUAUUAUGAGCUAAUGUCAACAUCCACGACCAGGACGCCCGCCAGAGAGCGGCUAACGGAGAAAAAGGCGACAGACACGACGAUGGGUCGGAGUGAGGUGACAUCCGGAGAGUCUGCCGGUGAAGAAAGCAGGUUGUCCGAUAAUAGAAGCCGGGUGGUAAACAGGACUUACGUCGUGUCUGCUAUGUCAAAAGUCGGCACCGGGCAACACACCCCUCACAGACACCGGCUCACCCUGCAGAGGAGGUCGAGGAGGAAGACCGGGGCCGAAGAGAAAACGAUGGGUGAGAGCAGCCAGGACACCACGCCAGCUCCGGAGAAAAGGUUGACUCUGCAGCGCAGGACCAGGACCCCCUCCGCGGAUAAAAGUGCACUCGGGCGGCGCGAGGUCGGCGGCGCUGGUCCGCAGCCGAAAGUCCUCGGUGAGCCAAACGGCAGGACUCCCGGAAUAUUUAGGUCCGCGAGUUUGAGAGAAACCUCCGCAAAGACUAAAGGCGUGGACACCGCGACUCACGUGGGAACGCAGGUGAAGUUGGCACACGACAGGACGCCCUCCUCCAUCGGUAAACACCUGGAGGACCAGGCCCACAUCUUUAAGACCCCCACUAAAAAGACGCCAUUCGAGAGAAUCGCCGCUAAAAGAGACGUGUUCGAGAGACUGGCGGGGAAAGAAGCUCCUAAGCAGGUGCUGGGCAAAUCCGCAAGUCUGGAAAGGGCCAAAUCUCGAGCGGAGGACGCCAAACCUGUCCCAGCUCCCAGGGUCAGCAAGGCCCCGGCAGGUGUGCACAAACCCAGCGGCGCUCCGCAGGCCAGAAAGACAACCACGAGCCAAAAGGCAGAGGCGAUCCAGACCGGGACAUCUGCUUCGGCUCCGGCGCCCACUGAAAUACUCCGGUCUCGUCCCAGCGAGGCCCCGGACCAGCAGGAUUCGUUUAAGAUGGAAAACAGUGCUGUGACAGUGGCUGUCCGCGUCCGUCCUUUCAAUGCCAGGGAGAAGGCAGAGAAGGCAUCGCGUGUCAUCUUCAUGAACGGCCAGGAAACUGUCGUCCAGCAUCCGGUCUCCAAACAGAGCUACUCCUUCACGUACGACUUCUCUCUCUGCUCAGUGGACGACAGUGAUCCCACAUUCGCAGGUCAGAGGACGGUGUACGAGACUCUGGCCAAACCUCUUCUGCUGAGGGCCUUCGAAGGCUUUAACGCCUGCCUCUUCGCUUACGGCCAGACGGGCUCUGGCAAAUCAUACACGAUGAUGGGCUUUGAGGAGGAGGCUGGCGUUAUCCCGCGAUUCUGCCAGGACCUUUUUUCUAGAUUGGCCUCUAUGGAAAACGAAGAGGUGAAAUGUCAUAUCGAGAUGAGCUACUUUGAAGUGUACAACGAGAAGAUCCAUGACCUGCUGGUGGCCAGAGAUGAGCCAAACCAGAGGAGGAUGCCCCUGAGAGUGAGGGAGCAUCCUGUCCACGGUCCUUAUGUCGCUGAGCUCUCCGCGAAUGUGGUGAGCUCUUACAAUGACAUUCAGGGUUGGCUGGAGCUGGGCAACAAGCAAAGAGCCACCGCAGCCACAGGGAUGAACGACAAGAGCUCCAGAUCUCACUCUGUCUUCACCCUGGUUAUGACCCAAAUGAAGACUGAGUUUGUGGAGGGAGAAGAACAUGACCACAGUAUCACCAGUAGGAUCAACCUGAUCGAUCUGGCUGGCAGCGAACGCUGUAGCUCUGCUCAAACAAGUGGAGACCGACUCAGGGAAGGCGCCAGCAUCAACAAAUCCCUGCUAACACUUGGAAAGGUCAUCUCUGCCUUAUCGGAACAGGCACUGAGCAGGAAGAAGAUCUUCAUACCGUACAGAGAGUCUGUCCUUACAUGGCUGCUGAAAGAAAGCCUCGGUGGCAACUCGAAGACGGCCAUGAUCGCCACCGUGAGCCCCGCUGGCAGCAACGUGGAGGAAAGCCUGAGCACUCUGCGCUACGCCCAGCAGGCCCGCACAAUCAUUAACAUAGCAAAGGUCAACGAGGACACCAACGCCAAGCUCAUCAGAGAGCUGAAGGCAGAGGUGGAGAAACUGCGAGCUGCCCAGAUGAGCUCCCAGGGCGUUGAACCCGACAGAGUCAGGCUGUUCCAGCAGGAGAUCACCACCCUGAGGAACAAACUGUGCCAGCAAGAGAGAGAGAUGGUCGAGGCCAACCGGGCGUGGAGAGAGAAACUCGAGCAAGCGGAAAUUCGCAAACGCGAAGAGACCAAAGAGUUGCAGAAAGCAGGUGUGACGUUCAAAGUGGACAACCGCCUCCCCAACCUGGUGAAUCUGAACGAGGAUCCCCAGCUGUCCGAGAUGCUCCUCUACAUGAUCAAAGAGGGUCGGACCACAGUGGGAAAGCUCAAACCUGGCUCCAGACAUGACAUCCAGCUCACGGGAGCUCUCAUUGCCGAUCAGCACUGUGUUAUAUCCAACGCCCAUGACACUGUCAGCAUCACUCCUAUGGAAAAUGCCAAGACAUUCGUCAAUGGGAACCUCAUCUCUGCGUCCACCGUCUUGCACCAUGGCGACAGGGUGAUCCUCGGCGGCGACCACUACUUCCGCUUCAAUCACCCCGCGGAGGUGCAGUCUGGGAAGCGAGUAUCGUGCUGGACGGGCGCAGGCGACGGCGGUCAGAAGGACUUUGAAUUUGCCAAAAAUGAGCUGCUCGCAGCCCAAAGAGCGCAGCUCGAGGCGGAAAUUGAAGAGGCCCAUUUGAAAGCGAAGGAGGAAAUGAUGCAGGGGAUCCAGAUGGCAAAGGAGGUGGCUCAGAAAGAGCUCUCUGACCAGAAGGCGCUUUACGAGGAAAAGAUACGGGCCCUGGAGAGAGAGCUGAAUGACGAGAACGAACGCAAGCGUCAGCAGGAGCUGGACCGGCAGAGGGUGGCCAGCCAGAUGGCCAAGCUCAAGACGGCCAAGAUGGAGCUGGAGCAGGAGGUUGACACCCAGAAGAAACGCCUCCGCCUGCACCUGGAGACUCAGGCGAUGGAAGAACACCGCGUGUGCCAGGCGAAGAUUGUUGAGGCCCUGGAGGCGGAGAAGAGGAAGAUCGGCGAAGAGCUGGAGAUGAUGCAGAAGAGAAGAGCUCUGAGGGAAAACCACACUCCCAGAAACGCCUCCCCGCAGUGGGACGCCAUGAAGUUGUCCUUGAUGAUCGAGGAAGCCAAUAAAAUCAGCGCAAAGCUGAGGAAACACACAGUCUUCAGCAGGCACGAAAGCGCUGACGAUGAGAACCGCGAGCAGAGGGCUCCGCUGCAAGUGCGCGUUCAAAACACGAAGCUGGGAGUCUCCACUUUCUGGAGCCUGGACAAGUUCCAGAACAACAUGGCCGCCAUGAGGGAUCUCGAGCAGGGGGAUUCCACCUCUAAAGAUGACGACGUGUUUUAUGACCCCGAUGAUGAGUGGGAGCAAGAUAUAUCGGCCUCCUCCGCUUCCGCCUCCUCCUCCUCCUUCUCUCGCCGAAGAAGCAGGAGUAUGCUGAAGAGCAGGAGAAUCUCAGGCCGUCUCUACGAGAUCCGGGUUCAUCCCAUUCAGAGCCUCCACAAUGCCUCCUCGCAGUCUGCUGGACUGAUGGGUGUGCUCCAGCCUCGCUCCAACCACUCCAGCACCUCAGAUCCCGGCACGCCCGGCAUCUGCAAGGAACUGAUCGGCCAGUCGGUGUCUCGUCUGCGCGGUUGCAGCGGGACGGAGGAGAGCAUGGCGGACAGGCUGAUCUCCGAUCUGAACCUGAUAUACACGGCGGCCCAAACCAUAUCCGACCUGUACGACGGCCUGGACGACGACAGCCAGCACAGCGUGUUUGUUUGCAACAUAGUCGCUCAGACUGAGCUGGUCAAGGCCACCGCAGCCAUAGAGAGCGCAGUAUUUGUAACCAUGCAGUGGCUGGCCAGCGUUAAACCCUCCUCCGGCCUGCUCUACACCAUCGCCGAGGAGCUCAAGAGCCAGGUCAAGAAGAUGGGAGGAUUCUUCCAGAUUCUUAUUCAGGGUUGCGAAUCGGAGAUCACGUCGAUGGUGUUGGAGGCGCGGAGGAAGAGCAGCCAGUGCCUGGAUGCGGCGCUGCUCGCGCUCGGCCACCUGGCGGCGGUGACAGGCAUGCCGUUAAACGUCCUGGGGCCGGGCGCCCGGGCCACGGGCAAGCAAACUGCGGUUACAUGUCUGCUGAAGGGAACCGACAAGGGAGUCCGCUCUCUCUUAGAGGAGAGCCUCACCGUCACCAGGGAAAUGUUGCGAGAGGCUCAGCUGGCCUAUCCCCGGAACCCAGUCCUGCAGAGCCUAAAAUCCAAGACCCUCGACGCGGCUCGAGCUCUGCAGAACUACAUGUACGGCCACAUCGCGGAGAGAGACUCCGACCCAGAGGAGAUAAAGGAAGGGGAGGAGGAGGAGGGCUCGGCUUCUCAUUUGCAAAGAUUGAGGACGACUUCGACCAAACUGUUCCAGUUGAACCAGGCCAUCAGGCAGCUGCACUCCUCUCUGACUGCAACCUUGCGAGGAAGAGACAGGAAUUCCGAGCUCGGCAGCUGCAGAGAGCUGAUCUCCUCUUCCGCGAACGCCGUCGACGAGCUGAUCACCGGCCUGUCCACGGACGCGGCAGUGACCCAGACCCUGCGGCUGCCCCGUCUUCAGACCGCGGUGUCCGCUCGGGACGAGGUCCACUCAGCCCUGCGGUCCCUGUCCUCCUCCUGGAACCAAGAGGCGUUGGCAGAGAGCAGGAGUUCAGCUGGUUCUGAGAAGGGCGCGGAAGACGAAGCGUCGAGCGUAGAUAGAGCUCCCACUCACAGUUCUGUUAGAAAUCGGGUUGUGAGUAAGAUGGUGUACUCCCUCACGCCGGGCGCUUUGUCCAAUGGCAGUCCACACUGGGUGUAACGUGUAUUUAAUCUGUUGUUUUAUGGUGUGUACGGUGUAAACAUGAAUCAAUGGCAUUAAGAAAACCUUAAGGUGAGCACCCUGCAGGAUUGUGGGUAAUAUUUUGUAUCGUAACCCCACCGGCAGCAAACACUAGACACCGCUUUUACGUAGCAUAUCAUAUUCACAACAGCUGCAACUCCGAUAAUUGUGCUGUGUCUGAUGCGGGUUGUGUGCAGGAAACAGGCAUCGAGUUACAUAUUCAAGGUUCUUUACCUAUAUUUGUUGUAAUGGGCCUUUUGACGCAGUAAAGCUAUUCUUGACACAAAGACUUAAGUCACCUUAACAGAUGGAGUUUAACAGUCAUUACUUGUGGAUAAACACAAUUAGGCUGGAACUAGCUGUAGGGAAAACGUGUUUAUGCUGUAACAGGCUUUCACAGAUGUACUAUAUUAUUUUUCUGAUUCUUCUGCUGCGUCUUAUUAAUUUAAACAUGUAACAUUUCAAUACUCAGCAGCUCAGGUACGCUGUUUUGUAAAAGCUAAUAGCAGACUUCACGUUUUCAUCCUUGUAUAAGGGCUUUUUUUUUUGUUCUCACAUGAAUCAUUUUUUCUUGUAUUUUACAGUUUGCACUCAGGGGAGACUUGUAUAUUUUGGGGUUUCUUCUUAAUACACGUACUUUAACAAAGCGCU